CUCAGGCAGAUAGUUUUUCGCUUUAUUCAUUUAUUCAUUCCUCUUCUGUUCCGCUUGUCCUCAGUAGGGUCGCGAGCGUGCUGGAGCCUAUCCCAGCUACCUUCAGGCGAGAGGCGGGGUACACCCUGAACUGGUCAAAAGCCAAUCGCAGGGCACGUCGAAACAAACAACCAUUCACACUCACGUUCACACCUAAGGGCAACUUAGAGUCUUCAAUUGAUGCAUGUUUUUGGGAUGUGGCAGGAAACCGAAGUGCCUGGAGAAAACCCAUGCAGUCACGGGGAGAACAUGCAAACUCCACACAGGCGGGGCCGGGAUUUGAACCCCGGUCCUCAGUAGUGUGAGGCAGAUGUGCUAACCAGUCGUUCACCGUGCCACCGUUUUCCCCUUUAGGUAGAUAAAACUUCAAGGGAUGCUCCCGCCAAUCGAAGGCCCCAGCCAGGGAUUAGCGCCUCAGAUUAAAGUGGCCAGCUCGGCCUAAUCCCGCCAUCUGUCAGAGAGCAAUCGACCAGGCGUCACUCUCGUCUCGGGGCCAAAUCGAGCACGGGAAGAAGAGGGCACAAGCAUCAUGGAGGAGACGUACCUUCUUAAGCAUCCGGGAGUGAAGAAGAAGAUUCUGGCCGGAGGCACCGGCCCGCUGCCUCACUUCCCACCUGGAACCAAGCUCGUUUUCCAUUUCCAGACACUGCUGGACACGUUUGAGCGCACGGUCAUCGACGACAGCCGAGUGGCCGGCAGGCCUGCCGAGAUCUUCGUGGGGAAGAUGUUCAAGUUGGAAGUGUGGGAGACGCUGCUCACGUCCAUGCGGGUCGGAGAGGUGGCCGAGUUCUGGUGUGAUGCCGUUCACACCGGUUUGUACCCCAUCGUGUCAAAGGGGAUGCGGCUGAUUGCUCAAGGCAAAGACCCCCUGGAGGGCCAAAGGCACAUGUGCGGCAUGGGGAACAUCUUCCACUAUCACUCCACUGGCUUCCCCGAGCUGGAUGAGCUCAUGAGAACACCGCAGCCUCUCAUCUUCAUCAUGGAGCUGCUCCAGGUGGGAGACCCCAUGUCCUACCACAGGGAGUCAUGGAUGAUGGCGAAGGACGAGAAGCUGAGCACGGUGCCCCUCCUCCACAUGCGGGGCAACGCGCUGGUCAAGCAGCGGCAGUUCUGGGAGGCGGCCAGCAAAUACAAGGAGGCCGUGCUGCUGCUUAAAACGGUCCAGUCCAGGGAGAUGCCAGGCGACGCGGACUACAUUAACUUGGCCCGUAUGAUCGUCCCUCUGGAGCUGAACUACUGCCAGUGCAUGCUGGAGCUGCACGAGUACUACGAGGUGAUCGAGCACACCGACGAGCUGCUGGACAAACACAAAGACUGUGUGAAGGGUUACUACAAGCGAGCCAAGGCCCACGCCGCCGUGUGGAACGAAAAGGAAGCGCGCCAGGACUUCAACAUGGUGGCCCACCUGGACGCCACGCUGGCCUCGUUGGUCCACCGAGAGCUCAGGGCCUUGUCGGAGCGCAUGAAGGAGAAGUACUGGCAGGAGAAGGACGCCUACUGGAACAAGCUAACCGUCAAGGAUGCCGCUGAUGAAAACAAAGAGAAAGUGGAGGAGGAAGAAAAGGAGGAGGAGGACACGGGGGACGGAGAUGCAGCCGGGAAGGCUGAUGGAGGUGAUAGGACGGAGGGGAAGGACUGGCAACAGAUGUUGCGUCUGGUGAUGCUGCUGCAGGAGCAAGGAAACUUCCUGGUGAAAGAAAAAGGUUUUCAAGAAGCUUCUACAAAGUUCAAGGAGGCCUUAGACUAUGUGGACUUCCUUCAAAAUAAGGUGCAUCGAGGCGACGAAGACUGGGAAUCUUUGGAAAAAGUGCGCCUGCCUCUCACCCUAAACCUGAGCCAGUGCAUGCUGGAGCUUCAACAGUACCUGCAAGUGGUGCAACUCAAUGACAAGUUGCUGGAAAGCCACAAAGGGCACUUCAAGGCGCUCUACCAGCGUGCUCGAGCACACGCCGCUUUGUGCAACAAGGAGGAAGCUCGACGGGACUUGGCCGCCGUGGAAAGGCUGGACCCCCAGUUCAAGCCGUUCGUCCGCCGGGAGCUAAAGAAGCUGGGUGAGAACAUCCGUUGCAUGCACGCCCACCAGAACAAGACCUACUGGGACGCCUCGCGGGAAAAAUGGGGGCCCGGAAAGGCCCGGCGGAAGAGUGUCAUGCAGGCGAUUGGUGAUAGCGAGGAGGAAGUGGAGGACAUAAACAAAAGCUGUAAAGAUCAAACCAGCAAGGAGGAGGAAUCCGAUAAUGAAAACACAGUGAGCUCUGAGGUUACGGAAGUUAGCGGCAGUCCCGAAGAAGACUGCCGCGCUCUGACCGUUGCCGCUGUUAGCGAUAGCAUAGCUAGUGCAAGAUAAGCGCAUGAAGGUCAUACGCCAACCGACAACUAAGACAAGAGCGUGCAAAAUCCUCUCGGACCCUCCACAUCCCGGUCACCAGCUCUUCUGGCUCCUUCCCUCAGGUAGGCGUCUUAAACAGCUAACCUACAAUUCCAGUGCAACAUGCUGCCAAUUGUUUUGUCUUGAGUUUGUCACAUUUCUGUCAGGCCAAUUAUACAUACUCGUGCACUAAUUGUAGUAGUCUCGCCACGCUGCACUAUUUGCAUAUCUGUUGUUGACCAAUACUGGCCACUCAUGCCAGAGUAGCAUCUACCCCACUUGCACACUGACUGAGGAGUAUCUCCAACAUUUGAACAAUCAACAUUGUCCCAGAUUAUUGCGCUACUAGUCACUUUAAACUGCAUACACUCCUUGAAGUCUCGGCGCCCUUUGCCCAAUGGUCAUUACACCAGACUAUUGCUAUAUUAGUCAUUCAAACUGCUCUAAGUGCUAGAGGACUCUGCAUCUUUUGCACAAUUGUAAAAAAAUAAUAAUAAUAAAUACAAAUUUUACCGGCAUUACCAGAUAACUAGCAACCCUUUAUUGCUCAGUGAAUGUUUUUCUCAAUGUCUUUAUGUCUCAAAAGUGUUCUCUUGUCAAUUGACUGUCUGUUGUCGUACUAGAGCGGCUCCAACUACCGGAGACAAAUUCCUUGUGUGUUUUUUGGACAUACUUGGCAAAUAAUGAUUUUGAUUCUGAGAAUGGGGGCUCAAAGGUGGCCAAGGUGAUAAAAACAUCGAUCUUCGUCUGUCAAUCAGAAGAGGAUGAAGAAGGGAGCAAUAAAGAAAACAAAUAUACGGAGGAAAUAUUUAUUGAGCCACAGGAGACGCCAUCUAAACUAAAGAAAGAAACUAAUAAUCUGACGCUCUGUGAGUCAUUCUCCUGCUCACACACACACACACGCAGUUUAGUAGAAGUUGUGGUCUCAGUGCGGUGUUUGAUACCCACAGGUGGAAAAAGUACUCUCUCCAUACCACAGGCAAAUAAAGUAUGAAUUAAUAUAAAGUGUCUACUUAAUGUUUCUUCCCAAAUUGAUUUGUUUUAAUUUUGGCAGAAAAUCUGUACCAAAUAUGCAAUUGUGCUUAACUUUUAAUAGAUAUCGCCAAAAAAAUAAAAAAUUCAUCAAACCCCCCCCCCCAAAUUGAACAAUAAUUGUAUACUUAAAUAUUUGGUUGCCACAAUUUUCCAUGUCUGAUUCAAAAUUCUAUUUCUUGUUAGCAAUUAUAAAAUAAUCAAAUGCAGGGGGUAACUGUGUAUCACACAACAUAACAUACAUACUGCUAUAUGACAUUUUGGGUGUUUUCAGUCUUAAAGGCCCUCUGAGAGAAACAAUCACUAUACGGCCUAUGAUUAAAAUUAGUUUGACAACUCUGCUCUCUACUUAAGUAGAAGUGUAAAGAAAAAAAUGAUUUUUUAAAAAUCAAUUUAUAUACCUAGUACUGAGGCAAAAAUAUCGUUUCAUGUCGUCGGCUUAGUUUUUUUGCUAUCAAAAUGUGUUCCCCUAGUUUUGCUAACAUUGUGAACUGACUAACAGAAAAUGCCAAAUUAGUUCAUGAUAACAACUGAAAAAAAACAUUUCCUGUAUCUUUUUUAAUAUUACUGAGAUUUUUUUUGUAGCGCUAGAAUCUGGUGCUUUUUUUUUCAUGGACAGGUUGAGGGGUUGGUUAGCCAUCACAGGUACCACUCUUAACUGGAUCAGUUCGUAGCUAUCAAAUAGGUCUUUUGCUGAUAUUGCUGGCCCCCCAUUAAUCAGAGUUUGCCCCAGUGAUGUUCCUCAAGGGUCAGUUUUAGGGCCCAUCCUUUUCAGCAAAUUGGAAGCUUUCUCCUAUCUCACUUGUAGACAGAUAAUGUCCAGAUUUAUUUUAACCUUGAUAGUACAGUUGAGCCUGCAACUAAGGCCUGGAUGGCUCACAACUUGUUACAGCUGUAUAGUUUAAAAAGUGAAGUUGAUGAAGUUAUACUACAAUAAAUGGCUUACAGAAUAUUUCAAUAUAUUGACUUAAAUAGGACACACGCACAGGAAGACAAAUAGAAACUUUUUACUUCUGUACACAAAAAGAGUAGAAACCAUCCAGUAAGCCAGUGCUUAUCUUUUACAGUACAAAGUGUUUGUACACAUUCACACUGUGUUAAACCCAUCAAAGAAAUACAUUGACAUGGUUAAUGAGGUAUAUCCAUGGUGAUAUAACAAUAAAAACACAUAGUCAACAAUUAAGUGUGUGCGUGUGUGUGUGUGUGAAAACACGCGUGUUAAGGUAGGACAGGUGAUUGAUUAAUUGAUCCAUAGAUUGCUUGGACUCAGACAUACAACAGCAGACAUGAGGCAGGAAGGUUACCAUGUGCGUGUGUAGUAGAUAUGUACGGGUAUGAAGGCUACAUCAGAGCAGAGCCUGUUCUCUAGAAUUUAGCAGGUUUUCAUUCAAAAAAAAAUGAACAUUGAGGGGGUUAUUUUAAAACAUAUUUAAAUCAGUAAUUACAUCAGGAAUAACAAUUAUACUCAUUAGUGUUAAUGAUAAUGUGUCCUAAAAGUAGUAUGGUGAAAUUAUGCAAUUUGGUGGCAAAAUACAGUAUAAGGUGUUCAGCACAUGUCCACCAUGUUCGUGGCGUGCGUUAAGUUCCAUUUUCAUGGUGUGCAUCUGUGUGUGUGAGAUAUUCAAAAUAUUGUAUUACAUAAGCUGGCACGGUGGCCGACUGGUUAGCACGUCUGCCUCACAGUUCUGGGGACAAAUCCCGACCCCGCCUGUGUAGAGUUUGCAUGUUCUCCACAUGCUUGGUUGGGUUUUCUCCGGGCACUCCGGUUUCCUCCCACAUCCCAAAAACAUGCGUGGUAGGUUGAUUGAAGACUCUAAAUUGCCCGAAGGUGUGAAUGUGAGUGCGUACGGUUGGUUGUUUCUAUGUGCCCUGCAAUUGGCUGGCGACCGUUUCAGGGUGUACCCCGCCUCCGCUCGAAGAUAGCUGGGAUAGGCUCCAGCAGCCCGUGACCCUAGUGAGGAUAAGCGGUAAUACAAAGUGGAUGGAUGUAUUACAUAACAUGUUUUCUUUUGUUCACCAUACGGCCUUACUCAUGGGAAUUUAGUAGGAUUUCAUACAAAAACUCAGAUUAUAAUUUUUUUUAAUCAAAAUUUAAAAAACAUUUUAUUUUGUCAUUUACUGUACAAUCAAUCAAGUUUGCCAUAAUGAGAACCACACAAAAUUGAGUUGAGCAUUUUAAGGUAAGAAAAGUGCUUUCAUUGGACUUUCUGUUGUUGUUGCUAUUAUUACACAAAACGUGAUUACUUUCUUUAUUAACGUCCGGUGACAUUCAGUUACCGUAAUUUCUCAUGUAUAAUGCGCCUUGUUUCCCCCAAAAAAUUGUUAACAAGUUGAUAGAGUGCUUUAUACAUGAAUGAAAAAAAAUCUUAAAUAUUGUAUAAAUGUAUACUGGUACCUGUGGGGUGUGGAAAAAGGUGUACUUUUAUUCCAAUAUGAUAUGUAAUGUAUGAUACAUAAAACGUUUUCCCUAUACAUCUGGUAAAUUAACGUUUACCUCCUACCACAACGCGGUCUCCAGUUGGCUACCUUUAAGGCUUGCCGCACACUGUGCAAUGCGGUCGAACCCGAUUGGACCAGAUCGUCGCAAAAAAAUAAAAUAAAAAAAAAUCACUCAGCCCUUACAUUGAGUGAUUUGGAUAUAACGGCGACCUGAACAGUGAGCCUGUAUAAGCGUUUGAUGCUGCACAUACAGUAUAUUGUACUUUAUCAUAUUUAUUAAACCAUAAAAAGAUAGAUUAAUAGUUAAGGAAAAAGUGGGUUGUUAAUCAAGAAUAAAAGAGAGUGUGCGGAUAUUCUAAAAUAGGCUCGCUCCCUCCUAUCCAUUUCAACGUACGCACCGCACGCGUACACUUAGGCCACAAGCUUUGCUUUUUCAUCCACAGCACAUUAGAAAUUAAUAAUAUGGGCACGUAGUGUUGUAAAACACAAUAUUUGACGUACCGUAGUUAUAUGGCUUAGAGACGGCGCAGCGGCAGGUCUGUCUCUCGCUUGCUUAAAACCCGGAAAUGUAUUUUAAGCGUGAGUGAACGCUUAAGUGCAUUUUGAUUGGCUGUAAUCUGUGACGUUCCAACAGGGUUAAAAUUUUGAAUCGCCGCAAAACCAGUGGCCUCUCAUGAAAACAGUUGCCAAACCACACAAACCGCGUGACAGUUCAGUCGGGUUUGACCACGUCGCUCGGUGUGCAGCAGCCUAAAGAUGUUUCACUCGGAACUCAUUCCUACUUGUAUUGCUACCCUGCAUUGCCACAAAAGCUAGCCAGUUCCUCUAGCUGCAUGGAAACAUCUCUAGACUUGCAGCAAAAUAACACCCAGUGGACUAUACAGCAACUAUUAACCAACGACUUGUUGCAUCCAACACUGUGGACUCUUAGGGGAGCACUUGACUACUUUGUAACUGCCCAGUCAUUACGUGACACAGCCGACAUCGCACCCAUUCACAUCAUACCCGCUAAGACUAAUAUACUACUGUAUUAACAAACAAAAAAAACAGAACUACAUCAGCACAUGCACACAGAGCACAAUAUUUCUUUGAAAACCCUAAUACGGAUAAUACUUCAUGUUUUGAGCAUGGAUAGGAGCAAAUUGAUGGUGCACAGGUAGAAGGGUUAUCCUGAUUUGUAGGGUCGAUUUUGAGGGUGCGCAUUGUACUCUAGAGCGUAUUAGACAUGAGAAAUUACCGUACUCUCAUUUGCUUGCACCCUUCUGAACAGUGGUUCUCAAACUCUUGGGUCCACAUGCCAUAGUUUGAGGUUCUGCAAAAUAAUUUGUAGUACAUCAUUAUGUCAUUUCACUUGAAAAGGUACAUGAGGACUGGCGUACCAAAUGAUAUAUUUUUUUAAUUUUUAUUUAAAAAAAUUUUUUUUUUCAAGAAUAUGCUCCUAUUUUUUUUAAAGCUGUUUUUGCCUCAAACAAACCAACCUAAGUAAUGAACAACAACGACAAGGAUGGUGAUCCUCGUGGCUAAACAGCUGCAGGCACGGAAGGUCAAGUGAGCCGUCUUCUAGCGCAUCCCGCUUAAGGCUAUUCGCACUUAUAAGGAGCCUGUCACCUUUCCAUGCAGCUGCAUCCUUCUGGGCUGUUCCCUAGCAACCUCAUCACAACGAAGAAUACUGAUGUCAAAGGAGAGAAAGACACAAUGUCACAGUUAGGUUCCUAAGGGACCAAACGGCACCUUUUUUUCCGCACUUGCAUCAGUAGAUUGUGUUGUGACAGGCCUAUCAAAGUGCAUCGUCCCUGGCAACAAGAGAAGCGAGCGUUUUCUUUUCUUUUUUUUAUUUUCUCGUUUGUCUGUCAGAUCUCUACAAGAAUAGCCACCGAGCAUCGCGGGUUAGUGCGCGUAUAUACAGUAAAUAGACGUUUGUUAUGCGAUUUGUGAUCAAACAUCCAUUGCCUAAAGGGUUACUGUAUAACACUGACACCAAUGCUAUUCGUUAGCCAGUCUAUGGCGUUUCCCACUGUGUGUUAGCAUUAACCGAGGGGACUUUAAGGCAAAGUUAUGUGAUUGUUUUAAAUAUUCAACAUGUAAUUCUCUUUUGUUUAUCGUUUGACAGUAAACUUCAACUGGUAGUGGCAACGAAGAGCUUGAAGCUUCGACUUUGAAGAACUGUUCACAAUCUGCCAAAAUGCUGCGUGCUGUGUUGUUGUGAGCCGAGUUCGUCUCCGUUUUUUUUGGCUCGCAAGUCAAAGCAAAAAAAUAUGCCGAGCGACAACUUGUAUCUUGAAAAACUCCUUAACGCACUCGUAUCUCAAGGCCCCACUGUAUCAUGCUCUGAAGAUUAUUAUAUUUGGAUUCAAGUGUUUAAUAAAAUCAGGGGGAAAAAGAACGGCACCAUGCAAGGUUUGCAUUUCAAUGCUUAGAGACACAACUACCACAUCAUCUGACUUCAUCAGUCACUAACCCAUAGAGACAGGUAAGUUCACUUGAUCUUUAGCUAACUGAUAGCUGGCCAAACUUUAGCUAAGCUUCAUGUCGGUUGUGUGUUUAAUUGGGGAAAAAAACCCAAACUAUUAAUACUAAUCAGUAAUUAAGUAAUAGACAAACUAAUAUGAAGACUGGUUUGGGACCAUGAAAAAAAAAAACGUAUUGUGAAUGAGUACAGACUAACACACGUGGGUCCUACAGAUACUGAGUGCGAAGUGGCUAAUGUGUGUAUGGAAAUAUGUUGUGACUGAUCUAGAUUGUAUGAUUUGAGUUAGGACUUGCUUAAUCCAAAUAACGACUAAUUUAGCGGGGACGUCAAUUGACCUGCUUCAUUUUCCCCCCACAGUAACGUAGGACUUGCUUGAAUUUUGACGAGGAAUACUUUAACCUCGCUCAUAUCGUUAGCCUAAUAGCAUAAGUACCAUGGUCAUUUUUAACUUACUGACACAACAGCAAUCAAAAAUACCAAUUUUCUUACGAAAAACGGUCUGUGUAAAUUCUCAGUCCUCGAGGUCAUAGCAAUCAAGGUGACUGGACUAUUCUUGUUUGUUGAAAAUGUUGUUUUUUGCUUGUUUCGUUAAAACAUUACUUGGGCUAAAGGUAUGUGACUUAGUCACACCUCGACCUCUUGGUGUAAAAGUGACUUGAGUGUAUUGGGAGCCAGCGUGAAUCCAUACUUGUAAAUAAAUGACAAUUGAUGCCAUUUGUAUCUCGGGUGAAGCGAUGCCUCACCAUCGAUUGUGCAGCUCAGCGGCAGGAGGAAUGUGUGAGCGGAACGGCGGGAAUGACCGUGACAAGCAAUUGGAGAGGAUUAGCGUGACAGUGUUUGCAAACAGAGGCGCUGGGCUAGCGGGCACUUUGGCUGUCUUACAUAAAAGAAAUCAUGGAUUGAAUUGAUGAUGUGUCGCUCUCGCAGCGUAAAUACUGUAAGCUGCUGGUGGGCACAGCCCCGCCUCGCUGUGAAAACCUGACAGGACAACCUCGCUUUUUGUUUUGCAUUUUUUACACAAGCUGCGAUAUUUGUGCCGUGGGACGGAUGUCGAAAGCAGGGGUUCUCAAACCUUUUAGGUCCAGGGACCCCUGACAGGGGAGGAAUUUCUGUAAGGAACCCUGCAUAAUCCUAGUUAAACCACAUCUUCACCUUAAUGCCAUUAGAAAUGGAAAGUUGCCUAUUUUAAGGGGUUUUCUCAAGAAAACAAAGUGGCAAUCUUUAUGAAAAUAAAGUCAGAACUUCUUAAGAGAAAAUCGCAAGCUUCACGUGAAUAAUUGCAGCACACAAAAAGCCGAAAUAAGUACAGGAAUAAAGUUGAAUUUUUUGCAAGAAAAAAAAAAGUAGGAAUCUAGACGGGAAUAAAGUCAUAUUUUCUCAAGAAA